UGUUGUUGUUUCCAAGAUGGCGGCGCCCAUUGCCCGCGCUCUCCGCCGGCUCGGGGCCUCCGGGUCAGGGAGAGGCCGCGGGGGGCCGCCCGGCCUCCGGGCACUGGUCAGCGGGCCGAGGGCCGAGGAGGAGCCCGGCGCCGGCUCUAACUCCAGGGGCUGGUGGGGCCUGGGCCUGGGCCUGGGCUCCGCGGCGGCGGCGGCGCUGCUCCUGUGGCGGGGGUCGGGGCCGGGGCCGGGGCCGGGGCCGGGGCGGGGGUCCCGCCCGGGCCUCAGGCCGCACUCCGCCCUCGGCCUCCCCCGGGUCCAGGCCGCUCGGCCCGUCCCCCCGGACAGUCCUCGGUUCAAGUUCAACUUUAUCGCCGACGUUGUGGAGAAAACAGGCCCCGCGGUGGUUUACAUCGAGAUCCUGGGGAGGCACCCGUUCAGUGGGCGGGAAAUGCCCAUUUCGAAUGGCUCUGGUUUCGCUGUGACGGAGGACGGGCUGAUUGUGACCAAUGCCCACGUGGUGGCCAACAAGAGAAGGGUGCGGGUGAAGCUGGCCAACGGAGAGAUGUAUGAAGCUUCUGUUCAGGCCAUUGACCAGGUGGCAGACAUCGCCACCAUCAAGAUCAACCCCAAGGCUCCUCUUCCAACCCUGCCACUGGGUGUGUCCUCUGAGGUCAGACACGGCGAGUUUGUUGUUGCGAUGGGCAGUCCCUUUGCCCUCCAGAACACUAUCACAUCUGGGAUUGUCAGCUCUGUGCAGCGGGGGAGUCAGGAGCUUGGAAUGGCUCAUUCGGACAUGGAAUAUAUUCAGACUGAUGCUUCCAUUGAUGUGAGUGCACUGGUUGUGUGGGUGUGGACGCAGUUUCCAAGCUUAAUUUGGGAUGUGAGCAUCUUGGCUGGACAAAUAUUUAUUGCCCCUCUGUAAUUGCCCUUGAGAGGU